AUGGCGAACAACAAUGAUGUUGCGGCAGGUAGCUGCGGCACACUGACCAAGCUACCAGUCGAAAUCAGGGACAUCAUUUACGAAUACACGAUAGCACAAGGCUGUAUCAUGCUCCACAAAGUAGAAAAUCAACUUUCUACAUACCAGCGAGCAGAGCUAGGUGUCCUUAGAGUAAACAAAGCGAUCUAUGCUGAGGUCAGAAAAGCUCUGCAGCUUCAUGGACAAUUUGUCGUGGAGAUCUGCUUUGGGACACAAAUUCGCGGCGACGACAUGCUCUUGAGAAAUGCACAAGGCUAUGAACUCAAUGAAACACUCAUUGAAUAUUCUGGCGCAAGGAAACGCUGGGAGCCUGAAUCGAGGUUCAUUCAUGAGCGACUCAAAAUGCAUUACUCGGCCCAGAAUCAGCUGCGCAUAGUCUCUGUACGAAACACAGUUGGACUGUACAAAGACUUGAAGAACUUGACUAUCAACAUCGUCAUGAAUAUCAAUUCGAGAAUGGACACUGCCAAGGAGCAUAACGCGCCUGAAAGUUUACAAAUUGACACACUCCUAGAACAGUUGCGGAUGUUGGAGACGGUGACUGUCAAAGUAACAUUCGACAACACCAAGCUGGCUUUUGGCGCCCAUAGAUGGUCUUCUGUGCGCGCAUACAUGUUCGAUGGAAUCGCUGCCUGGGUCCGUGAAAUGUUCGGAGCGCAUUUGGGAGAAUGCCAACGCUUCACGAUGGACGGCGGCUUGGGAAAGACUGGGACUUUACAGGACGAGUUGUCGUUCUAUUUUCGACCGAAAGACAGCGUCCUAAGUGCUCGUACUAUGAGCAUAUGCUAA